AUGGCUUUCCCUCUAAUCGAGAAUUACAAGUACCCCUUCCUCAGUGAUGGUCGCCUGAUGGAGGGUGUUUCAGGCGAGGCAUGGUCACUGGCAGGUCACCUGCAGCUAGGUAACCUGGUUGCUUUCUACGAUAACAAACUACAUACGAAGCUGAAAGCGUUAAAGCAGCACUUGGACUCGGUCUCCUCUUAA